AUGAAAUAAAUCAUUUGCACCGCAAUUCUAGCAUUUACUUGCUUCUAAUUAAUUGAAGCCUAAUGUCCAUAGGCAAAUCCUGCCCCUAACGAUGAUUCUUGCUGUUUAAAUAAUAAUCCUUAAAAGUUGGAUUCAAUUUACAUUUCAAAACUUGCUGACGGAAGUUGUAGUUAGAGUGAUUCAGGUCCAAAUAUAAUCAGAUGCUAUACUUAAACUUACUGCUUAUUGAGUUCAACAAAUAAUAAGUGUAUAAACUUGAUGACUAGUACUUAAUAUACGGGUUUUAAUACAGAUGAUAGUACAUGCAUUGAUAACAGCAUAAAAAAAGAUUAAAGUAAAAUCUAAUGUAGCUAUAAAAACAAUCCAAAUUCGCCAACAUGCUUACUAGUAGAUGCUAGUUAAGGAUCAUGUUAUUUUCUAGAUAUUAAAAGUUCUGCUAACUAAUACAGGCUGAAUAAUGGAUUUUGUGGAGGAAAUACUUCUUCACCCGAUAUAGCUUUGUGUUCUCCUGGGUAUGUAUGCUUAGAUAGUACGGAUAGUAUGAAUAAAAAAUGCUUAGAAUUUUAGAAAGUGAGAUGGUCCUCAUCACCAUAUAUCAAUAGCAUUAUGGGAACUUCUAGUGUAGAUGGCACAUGUAUAAUUUCAGCUUCGGCACAAAAUCCUUCAUAAACAACACUAGCAAUUGUAUGCGCAUAUGAUUUUUGUUUGACUCCUUAGGGGUAGUGCGUUUAAUUGAAUACAAUUAGAUAUAUAGGAAGGGAAUAAAAUACAAGUAAUUGCAUAGAAAUUGGGACUAAUGGUAAGACUGCAGAUUCUUGUUCAAAGGGCUAUUGCCUAUUUUAAUCAAAUUGUUAUCAAAUUACAAUUACAAACCAGCUAAAUUUAAAAUUGGAUCCUACCUCCUCAAAUCCAAAUGAAGAUGUCUUAGUAAUUGGCUCUGGAUUAUAAGGCGAUGAUUUUAAUAGAUGUAUAUUUUAGAAAAUUGACCUUAAUAAACUAUCAAACCCAUAGAAUAAUAUCUAAACUCCUGGUUACUUCGGUGCCAUAUAUCCAGAUAUUUAUGCUGAGCAAUGCGAUUACAAUAAUUAUUGUUUGUAGUGUGAUUUGUUUCCUGUCAAAUGCAAAUGUAAACUUAUUGGAGAUAACAUGUGUAAGGAUGCAAAUAACUAAUGUACAAGUAAUGAUAAUAGCUCUUGUGUUUCUUGUAGAUAUGAUUAAUGCAUAUAAAAUACUGGUAAAUGUUAAACAUUAAAUAGUUCUCCCACUCCAUAUUGUUAAGCAAACUAAAGUAAGUGUAAUUCUGUAUAGGAUCCUACUUGCAUUUCCUGCCCGGCUGGAUACUGCUUUGAUAGUACAUAAACAUCAGCAAAAUGUAUAGAAAUGAGUAGUGUACAAAUUCAAAAUAACUAAUGUCUUAUUAAUAGAUACGGAUUUGUUGCUUGCCAAUAUUUAGAUAUGAAUGCAAGAAAAUAACAAUAACCUGAAUAGAAUUUGUUUUGUGCUGACAAUAAUAAUGCUUGUUAGUUAAUCUAUACUGAUAGUGAUCCGAAAAAACCAAAUAGUUCGUGUUUAAGAUGUCCUGAUUCCUAUAAAAAUCCUGGUAAUAAAAUUUGCUAUAAAGAUAAUACAAGUAGCACUUCAACAGGAGGGUCAACAGGUAAUAUUUUUGGGCUUAAUUUAAAAGAAGAAAUAAAAUACUAUGACAUUAAUUCAAAUUACCUUUACACCAGCAAUAAAAAUAAUAAUUGCUUUUAUGAAGAUGCUCAUGGAACUUGUUUAUAGUGCAUAUAGAAUUAUUUUUUGAGAUAAAUUAAUGGACAAAUAAAAUGCAUUUAAUGCCCUACUACUACUACUAUUGGCACUGACAUGAUUUAACAAGACGUUAUCAACUAUUACGAUAAAAUUUAUUUAAGCGAUUAUUAGUCUCUAUUUUAAUAUUAAAAACCUACCACCACUUCUUCUUCAGUUUAGUGUUAUGAUUGCAUUAUGAAUAUAUAAGAAUGGGCACCUUCUUAACAUUCUUAAUAUUUGAAUUGCUAACAAUUCAUUUUUUCUUAUCAACAAUUGGCUCAAACAACUAUUGCUAUGAGCUAUCUUAAAAGUUUUAAUAUAGAUUCUACACAAUAACUACAGGUUUUUUAACCAGAUAGUUCACAAUAAAUAAAAAUAAAAAAUUGUAAAACUAUAAAAGUAAAAAGUGAUGGAACUCCUAUUUGCUAGGUAUGUGAUAAUACAUUUACUUUUGAUUAUAAAAAUGAAUAAUGUUUUCAAUGCAAUCCAAAUUGCUUGAACUGUUAUUAUGGUGGAUUAUAUGAGGGAUAAAUGGUAAAUUGGUCAUCUCCUCCAGAUAAUUUAAAAAAUAUUGAUUUUAAGAGCUUGAGUGGUAACUAGUAUUAACUAUUAUGUAGUGCUUGCUUAAAAUCUGUGGGAUAUACACUUAUGAAAGACUUUACUGAUUGCGAAUAAUGCGCUACUAAAUGUGACUAUUGUUACUGGGGAAAUACUUCUUUCAACUUAACUAGUAAGAAUACCAUUUAUUCUGCCGACUAUCUCAAAGAUUUAGAUCUUAAAAAAAAAUGUGUAUAGUGCUCACCUGGAUUUGUAUUUGAUAAAACCUUCUCUCAAAGUUAAAGUUCAAUUGAAGGUUAAGCUUGCGUUGCUUAACUUUAUAAUUGUCAACAGUCUGCAUUUUUAAAUAAAACAGGUUUUCCUUUAACGAUUAAUCCAUGGUUUAAUGAAACCUAAGUAGAUUAAUCAAAAGGCUUGUAAUGUCUUCUAUGUUAAUAUAAGUCAGGGUCUUAAAUUUAAUUAUAAAAUAAUUAAUGCUAACCAUUAUCUUCUAGUUCUACACCUUUAUCUUGCUAAGUCCUCAAUAGUAACAACUAAUGUUAAUUGUGCAAUACCUAGAGUUAUUUAAAGUUAUCAAAUAAUCAAUGUACUGAUGGUUAAUGCAGUACCUUAGUUUAUGAUUGUUAGAGGUGCUAUUAGUAUUAGGAUAGUAGUACGAGUGCGUCAGGUUCAAGUAAUCCUGUUGAUAUAUAUUAAUGUUUAGAAUGUUCAACUCCUGGUAAGGUUCCCUCUAUAAAUGGUUGCGUAGAUUGUCCUAUUGGAUGUAGUAGCUGCUAUGAAGGUAAUUCUUAGUUAAAUUUUACUGCAUAAUUGCUCUAUAUUAGACCCUAAUUGACUCUUUAGUAGAGAUUAUUUUACUAAUCACAAUUUGAUACUAAAUUUAUAUGCACUUCAUGUCAAAAUGGUUAUGUAUUGGAUGUGGUUGAACAAACUUGUGUUUACAAAGAUUGUGGGCCAAAUUGUGCUAAAUGUGAUUAUACAGGCCCUAUACCACAGUGCUAAGUUUGCAAUAUCACAAAUUUGAUUUAGCCUAUCUAAAAUUUAAUAGGAAAUAUAGGCUAAUUCUAUUUUCAAUCAUCUAAUUUUGAUUAUAGUCUUUUUGCCUCAUUUACAAGCGAUAAAACUGAUUGCUAAUUAUGCCCUAUAUGGUGUACAAGUUGUGAUCCAAUUACUAUAGGUAGCGAUCCUUUUAAUUUAUAUAACUCUUAAUGUCAUGGUUGCAAAUCUGAUGAUAAAGUUCUUUAAUCAGUCAAAUUAGUUGAUCCCACCAAAGAGAGUGUUACAAUGACUUUUGAUAGAAGUAGAGGAAGAUGCUAUUUUUGCAAAAAUAUUUAAACUACUAAUAAUCCUAGUAAUGGAUGCCAUUAUUAUUAAGAUAUAAAAAUUGAUUUAUUUUGUGGUUCAAUAUCAGAACCUAUAUAACAAGGUACAUCAUAUAAUUUAGCUAGGGGAAAUGAAAUCAAUUGGGAUAGUGUUAUCCUUGGUAUGAGUGAUUUAAAUUCUGCUUAUGUUUAAUACAAUGAGCUUUCAGUAAGAGAAAUAAUUGUAACAUUUAAUAUUCUUGCAAAAGAUCCAGCUUCACUUAAUAUUUGCACAUUAAACUCUAAAAUAACAAUAUCAUCAUAAAUAGCAAAUGAAAUCAAGUCAUUAUAAGUAUAUAAGCUUAUUAUUUAAGGAGACCUUACAAAUAAUCCACCUCCAAAUUAAAUAUUACUUAAAUUGAAUGGUUUACUUAUUUUUGAAGGAUUCUAAUAGAUUUAAAUGUAAAAUUUCAAUGUAUAAGCUACAAAUGAAGACUCUGUAAAGUAGUAUGGGUUAUCAUUUUCAUCUACUAAUAUAUCUAUGGCUUUAUUUUAAAAUAUGUCAUUUACAAGAACUAAACUAGGUACAAUAAGCAGUGCCUUAAAUAUCAUAUUUAAUAAUUUAUAUUAAAAAUUGAAUUUUACCAAUGUCGAUUUUGAUUACAUUUACAUGGUAAAACAGAAUUUGAUUUAAACUACAUACGACAUUUAAUAAACCAUAAAUGGAGCAAUUAACAUUCAGUUAAAUAAGGUGACAUUCAAUAAUGCUUAUUUAGAUUCAUGUAACUUCCUUUCAAUUUAAGUUGCUUAGACUAACAUAAAUAUGAUUGAUGUAAAUUUAAUAAGUUCUGAACUACAUAAUGGCGCUUAAUUACUUUAAUAUAAUAUGGCAUCUUCCACUUCUACUGUAGGUAUUAUUAUGUAAAAUUUUAUUAUGCAAAAUGUUACCAUAACGAGUAGUUCUUAUAUUUUCUAAAUGAGUUAACUUUCUUCUUGGUAUGCUAAUAAAAUAAAAAUUACGGGUUCAACAUUUUAGGACACUAGUUAUAAUGCAGCUGUUUUUGUAGCAAAUGGUGCAAAUAUCAAUAACUUAUAAAUUAGCAAUACUGUUUUUACAAACUAUUGUUUCUUAAUGACUCCAUCAGUUAUUUCAAGUAACAACCUUUACAAUUCUGCAAACUUAUUUAUGAUAUACAAUGUGAUCUUUAACUAAAAUAAAAUCAAUGUUCCUGGAACAAUAUUAAUUAAUCUACAAGGCUAUUCAGUUAGUUAAUAUAACAUUGAAUUAAAAUCCUUCAAUAUAGCAAGUAACACAUUCAGCUUAGAACCAGAUGGUUAGAAUUUGAUUUCAAUAAAUACUUUUAAUACUGUAGAAUUAAAUCAUAUUUUUGUUCAAGACUAUUAAAAUACUGAUUCUUUAAUUGUUAACUCUGUUCAGCAAACAACAUUUAAUGACAUUAACUGUUUUGGUACAACAUAUGAUAAAUAUGUAAAUUCAUGCAUAUAAUUAACAGAUUUCCACAGUACAGCAAUUUUUAAAAGUAUUACUUUGUCUAAUUUUAAGUCUUAAUCCUCAUAGAUUAGCAUUUAAAUGCAGAUUGAUGUUUCUUCUGCUUAAAAUACAGGUGUUUAGUUUAAUAAUAUUACUAUGUCAAAAGUCUUUUUAUACUAAGAUUUAGCUUUUGAAAAUUUAGCUGGCUUGUAUUACUACAGCACAUCUUCAGUCUCAAUUUAUAUGAGUUAAAUAAAUAUUACCAACAAUACUUUAGAUGCUCAAGGAAAGAAAAUAUACGGCGAGUCUUCUAGUGGAAUUUUCAUAGAUUCAUUCCUUUCAUCUGUCACAUUAGCUAACAGUACCUUCUCUUAAAAUACAGCUUUGCAAAGCAAGAAUAGUUUGUCUAUUUUGUCAAUGAAUGUCUCUGUAUACAAUGUUAUUUUCUCAGACGGAAAUAAGUAUAUAUCUGACAAUGAUAUCCUCAAUGAAAUUUAGGGAGGAUUAUUUUAUGUAAAAUCAAGCUAUUUGAUAGUUAAGGAGUGUACUUUUUAAAAUAGCAAAGCUCAAUCUGGUGCUCUUUACUGGUAAGCCCUAGGUAACGCUACAGCAGGUAUAUUAGAUAGCAUAUUCUAAAAUAAUACUGCAAGUUUCAGCAGUCUCAAGAGCUAGGGAGGUGCUUUUUACAUUGAAACACAGUUUACAGAUUAAAUAACUUUAGAUAUAAAAAAUAAUUAAUUCAUUAAUAAUUAUGCUAUUUAUGAUGGUGCAGCUAUUUUUAUAUAGAACUUUAAAAAGAAGGCCUAUAUAAAAAUGGUAUUUAACACAUUUAUUGAUAAUUUCUCUUCAAAUGGUGCCUGUUUAGAUGCAUUGCUACAUGAAAAUAGUAUGAGUGAAAUAGAUAUUUCUAUGAAUCAUUUUUCAUUUUAACCUUAAAACAGUAUUACAAUUUCAUAUAUAAACAGCCAACUUGAAGCUAGUGACAGACUUUAGAAUGGAUUUAUUGCGCUUCAAGGUUUUAACAGAACUCGUUUAGAGUAAAAUGAAUUUUACAUAGAUGUUUUCCCAAGAGAUUAUGAUUUUGUUCUUAGCUCUUAGGAUAUUUAGUAAGUAGUUUUCUAAUCGUGGAUUCUUUUGAUGAAAUCAUAGUAUCUAUUAGAUUUAGCAAGUAAAUUCACUUCCUCCACUAUAGGUUAGCCUCUCAUAGUAACUUAACAGCUUACGUAGAUUUAGCUGAUAAAUACAGUUAUCCAAAAUUUAAAUUCUUUUUAUGAUAAAUUUGCUUUAAUUUCUUAAGGGAAAUAAUUGAUGACUUCAUCAAGCCUUAUUCGUAUAUCAGCCCUUGGUGCGGAAUUCAUCGGAUUACAAUCUUAAAAUUUAGUUUGCACUCAAUGCAAUCUAGGUAACAUUUAUGUUGAAAGUUCUAUCCUCAACAUAAGAUCCUCACUAUUCUAGCAAAGCUAAGCAAAUUAAGGUGCAGGCUUGUAUUUAGCAAAAAUACUUGGAAGUACAAAUUAUUAAAGCAUUUCUUAAAAUAUUAAAUCAUCAAAUUUCUAUGAUGUUUCAAGACUACUUAAAACUGGUAACGAUAAAAAUUCUAAAAGACAGCUAGAUUCACCACCAAUAGAUCCAAAUACAGGUUAAAGAAAAAUAGAAUAGUGCUAAUUCCUAUAUAACAAAGCGACCAAUGGAGGUGCAAUUUUUAUAGAUACAGCAUAAAUAGAUAUUAUCAAUACUGAAUUCCUUCAAAAUUCAGCAUCUAAAUUUGGAGGAGCUAUUUACUAUAACUUGUAGCCAAACUAACCUGUUAAUCAAAACUAAUUCUUGGUUUAUUCAUCUUAAUUUGUUCGAAAUUCAGCUAAUGUUGGUGGAGCUAUCUACUCUAAUGGAAAUAUUAUAAAGACAGAUGAUAAAACCCCUGAAAAUUAAAAUACUUAUAUCUAGAACAUUGGUAAACAAUUCGGUUCAGACAAAAUUUAAAAUCCUACAGGAUUUUAGAUUCUGAGCAAUAACACUAUUCACAAAGGAAACUUUACUUUGAAGCUUCAUAAUAGUGGUCCAAUUUAAGAUGAGAUUCUUGUGUAAUUUAUAAAUGAAGCAGGUGAAGUAUACAGCUAAGUAGAUCCUACUAGCUAAAUAUAGUUAAAUUUAUAGCUGAUUUAGUCUUAGCAAUAGCAAAGUAUGGGUAUAGUUAAUCCAAACUCGCUUUAAUUUACAAAUAAUUUCUUUAACUUGACUUCAGCUGUUUCGGUCAUAGGUAAGUUUGAAUAGAACUUGCAAAUAUAAUUGAGUUCUCCUUACAUUCUGAUUCCAUCUUAUGACAAAACAACUGGAAAUGUCACUGAAUAUUCUUCGUCUUACAUAUUUUAUUUGAAUGUGAAUAUUCGUUCUUGCUUGGCUGGAGAAGAAUAAUAAGUUAUUGAAGAGAAAUUUGACACUUGUGUGCCUUGUAUAAGUCCAACUUAUAACCUACAACCAAAUGAUUAAUGUAAAAAAUGUCCUUUAGCAGAUGCAGUAUGCGAAGGAAAAACAAUAUUGUUGCCACCAGGAUAUUGGAGAUUUAAUUCAUCUUCAGAUGAAAUUUUGGAAUGUAUAAAUCUGGUAGAAAACUGUGUAGGCGAUAUAAAUAGGACAGAUCCUUCUGGAAUUGUAAGAUCUUACUAAAAUCAGUAUUGCUUCGAAGGGCAUGUCGGAUUAAGAUGUGAGGACUGUGAUAUAUUAGGAAAAGAAUGGAAUAAGAGUUAUUCUAAGGCUGGUAAAUUUAAAUGUUCCGAUUGUACUCAAGUAAGCGGAAACAUCUUAAAAUUGAUAGCUAUACAAUUUGGGACAAUCAUUUUAACUGGCUUUUUUGUGAAAUCAACAAUAGAUUUGAUUUAAAAGAAGAUUUUGCAAAAGAUUAUUCCUACAAGCAGAAAACAAUAGUAGUAGGGAGAAUCAGGUAUUUACAUCAAGAUUUUCAUGAAUUAUAUCUAAAUUAUCUAGACCUUAUUUACUUUCAACUUGAAAAUUCCUGACGCUUUCUCUUCUAUUUUUCAAUAUUCUGCUAGUCCUGUAGAAAACUCAAUGAUGGCUCAGGACUGCUUCUUAGUUUAAAUUAUUGGUACAUUCAUGAAUAAAGAAAAUAUGCUUUAUUUCCGUAUCAUAAUAGGAUAGAUGUAAGUCAUUUUAACAUUCUUCCUUUUUUAUAUUUGUUUCUUAGCUCUUGCGCAAAUUAUGAGAUGGAAAACAAGUAGCGCUGUCAUUUUCUGUGCUCUUAAUUAUAUUUUUAUUUCGAAUCAACCUGGUAUAUUCAAUAUGAUAGUAGGAUCUUUUUCUUGCACUAGCACUUAAACUGCUUCGUUUGUCAAAGAUUAUGUAUAGUAUCAAUGUGAUUCUACCCACAGUUUAUGGAAAUAUUCUCUUAUGCUUCCUCUAAUUUUACUAUGGGCUCUCUUUAUUCCUGCUGGUUAAUACUAUGUUCUUCGUAGAGCAUCUAAAACACCUAAAGACGGUUUAUUCUAAAGAAGAUAUAAUAACAACGAAAAUCAACCUCUAAUUAAACCUGAUAAACCUAUUGUAGAUAGAUCUUCAGUCAUUUAAAAAGAGACUAUGCUUGAUAGCUCUAAAAUUAGAUAUGCAUUAGGAUUUAUUUAUCUAGAGUAUCGUAAAGAUACAUAUUACUGGGAAAUGAUUAAGAUAUUUGAAAAAAUGUUAAUUAUUUUUGUUCUAAACAUGUACGAUUCAGAGAUUAAGUUAAAGGGUAUUCUUUGUUUCAUAAUUAUCUUUGGCUAUGGAUUAAUCUCCUUAAAAUACAGACCAUAUUAAAGAGAAUAGCUUAAUUCAGUUGAUUUUUGGAGUUCAAAUAUCUGUGCUCUCUCACUUGUCUUAGGUGUUAUGCUUAGCUCUGCUGACUCAAAUUAAAUCAUCUAAUAUUUAGGUUAUGGAUUUAUUAUAUUAAUCAACUUGAUUUUCGUAUUGUGGAUAGUGAAAAUUAUUCUUUCUGCUUACUUAGAAGAAUUUGAUGAAAUAGUUAACAAAGCUAAAAUAUUCUUAUGUAAGAUGUAUCCUAGUUUAAAACCUAUUUUAAAGCCUAAGGAAUUCGAUCCUAAAAAAAUUAAACUGAUCUGGGAUAGCUUAAAGCAUGCUAUUAAUGAGUAUUCAAGAGCUAAAAAGAUUUAAGUUUAAUAACUCAACCUAAAGACUUCUCCUAACUUUUAAGAUGAAUUAGAAACUCCUAAUUAGUUGAUGAUGAAUGUUGUUAUUAACAGAGUUCCAGAUGAUUUUAGAAGAAUUGUUAGUGCUUAACCAAUUUACCCUGCCUAGUAAGUAUUCAGAACUGAAAACCAUAAUCCUCUUGAAGAAGAAGAAGAAAUAAAAGAUCAAUAUGAGGGUCUCCCCCAAAAUAACAGUCCUGAUUAAUCAAAUUUAGAUGGAAUGAAUGAAAGAAGAAACAAAUAAAAAACGAUAACAAGAUUAUCAGAAUUAUAUGUUAAUAGCUCAAAAAUGAUACACACAGCACAAAAUUAUGAAGAUAUGUAUUACUAAGAACUAAAAGCGGCUUUUAAAGAUGUUGAAUUUAAGAAUUGGCUUAGAAUCAAGGAUAGAGAAAUCAGAAUUGAUUAUGAUCAAUAGAGUGACUUUUAAAAUAUUGAAGCUCUUAAAAAUAAUAUAAAGAAAAAGAAGAAAAAGUUGACUGAAUAAUUGAAAAAUUAUAUCCAUUAAUAUUCUAACAAAGAAGAUAUUGUUGAUUAUUUCAAAAGCUUACAAAAAGACAUUGAUGAUAAAAGCAAAUUUAUUGUUAAUCCUUCAAUGCUAAAGGAUGUCGAUGCCUAUUUUACAUAUUAUGGAAAAAUGAUCGAAUUACAAGUGAAAAUGAUAAAUUUAGAAGAUAUUACAAAAAAUCUAUAUAUACUUGAACACUAAAACAAUAGAAGUGAUAUUUUCGAAUUCUUCAAAGAACUCAUUAAGGAAAAGGUAAAGUUCGAAAAGGCAGAGCAAGAUAGAAACGAUUUUGAAUUGUAUAUGGAAUUAUAUGAAAGAUAUUUAGAACUUAAAUCUAAAGCUGAAAAUAUUCUAAGUAGGAAAGGAAAUGAUAAAUUUACUAACGAAUUAACAAAGACUAAAAAUACCUUUUUAUCAAAGUAUUCAAAUACAUACAAUAGAGAGUCAGCUAAAAAAGAAAAGGAAUCUUACAGAAAAUAAUUGGAAAAGUAAAAGCAAGAGAUGUAAUCAUACUUAGAAAGUAGUCCUCUUCAUAGUAGACCACCAAGCGAUGGUAGCGGAUUUGGCAGCAAUGGAAGCUUAUAGUCUCCAUUAUCAGGCGAAAUCAAUGUAGAAUUGCAAAAAUUCUGA